GCCAACGACAACAUUAUGGGCGGUGUCCAAAGCGAGCUGCUGCACAAGAACCUGGAGAAGUACCAGGCAGCGACCUUCCUGUCGCGAAGCGAGAUCAUCCACAUCCACAGACUCUAUCUAAAGCACGGGGGACAGGAUGACGAGGAGUCGCGGCUCUCCUGGCAAAAUGUUGUGAGGAUCCCGCAACUGGACCAGAACCCGUUCAAGAAGAGAAUAUGCCACGUGUUCUCCGAGGACUCGUCUGGCAACCUCACCUUCCUGGAGUUCCUGGAGAUGUUCUCCGUGUUCCACGAGAGUGCACCCCUGGGCACCAAAAUCCACCAUGCCUUUCGCAUCUACGACUUCAAUGAUGAUGGCAAGAUUGAUGCUGCAGACCUGUUUGAGGUGGUGUCCAGGUUGUGUGGACGCAAAGACGACAACGAAGAGUGCUUCGCAGACGACGCCCCACUCUCCGAUCUUGACGAAGCACAGGUGCAUGCCGAGGAGGGGGAGGUGCAAGCGAGAAGCGUGAUCACCCCAGGCCAGGUGGAGGAGAUUGUGAAGAAGACCAUCAAGCAGGCCGACCUUGAUGGAGACGCAUGCAUCUCGUACUACGAGUUCUACAGCGUCGUCGCGCGCUCGCACACGUUUCUCGACAGCUUUCGCAUUUGGUUCAACUGAGCCAACGCAAUCGCAGGGGCCAAGCAUCAAACCAACCACCACACAAGCACGCGGCAUGUUGUGGCCCUGCACUCAAUUGUCGCGCGGCGUCUGUGCGCACUUCCUGCAACUCCCUCGCCUUUGUCACACUCAUCAACCGCUUGCUUUGCCCUGGCCGGUUUAGACUCAACUUCUGACAUGCUGGUUCAUCAUUACCUUUGUUCGUCCUUUUGAUUCGUUGUUUGUUAUCUCGCAUCAUGACAUGACAUGACAUGACAUCACACGACGGCCAUAUCGCUUCGCUGUCACACCCCAUCACUUGUCCACACCACAUGUCACUUCACAUUGGUGGCCCACACUCAAGAUUGCGUUCCCCCGGCUUCUUUAUAUGACCCCAUGUUGCACACUACCAAAUUGAUCGGCUGGCUGCUCUGUUUAAUGCAUUGCAUAUCACGACUUGUAAACUACGACUACAGACA